UUCACGGGGACGGCUCUGACGCGAGUUUUGUUUUAUUAAAUUUUUUUUAUUUUUUCCACUCUUGACCCCACCACCACCUGCAUGUAGGCGGGCGCCGAUCGGAACGAGUGAUCCGUAUCGUGGACGGGACGUGGCGCUUGUGCGGUUUUGUUCUCUCCGGAAGUAUCAGUUAGCGUCUUCUGGAGACGGCGUGCGCGACCCCGAGCCCCAGACCGAGCCUUUUCCCCGGAAGUGGUGGCGCAGGGGCCGGUGGGAGGCCCCGCUGUAGCCGCGCGGUGACUGUGGUGGAUAAUGGCGGAGGCAGCGGCAUCCAUGGGGACGGCGGCGGCGGCAGCAGCUGGAGGAGCAGGAGGCAGCAGUAGUGGCGGCGCUGGUGGAGUUGGCUGGACUAAACAGGUCACGUGCAGAUACUUCAUGCAUGGUGUUUGCAAAGAAGGAAACAACUGCCGCUAUUCCCAUGAUCUUACAACCAGCAAGCCUUCACUGAUUUGCAAAUACUUCCAGAAAGGAUGCUGUACCUAUGGAGAUCGCUGCCGGUAUGACCACGUGAAGCCGUCAAACCAAGGAUUGUCAGAGAUUCAGAGUGGUCCUACGCCAUUGAUCUCGAAGGAUUCUGCCACCGCCUCAGCUACUAAACUUACUCCACUUACCAAAUUAAAUGGUGAAAUGAGCACAAAAACAGUGAUUGAGGAAUCCAACCCUGCAACAUCAAGUUCAAACCUGGAGGACUGGGUUAAUGCAGCAGAAUUUAUACCUGGACAGCCAUACUGUGGACGAACUAUUUCAACUUAUCCUGAAACAAGAAUUGAAGGUCCAAUAAUAGAACAAAACUUUGAGGGCCCACAAACUGGUGAAGACGUGAAGAAGCAGAUGUGUCCGUAUGCCGCCUUAGGAGAAUGUCGAUAUGGUGUUAACUGUGUCUACCUCCAUGGAGAUGUAUGCGAUAUGUGUGGCUUGCAGGUUCUUCAUCCAAUUGAUGCCUCUCAGAGAUCAGACCACAUAAAGGCUUGCAUUGAGGCUCAUGAAAAAGACAUGGAGCUAUCUUUUGCCAUUCAACGUAGUAAGGAUAUUAUAUGCGGCAUCUGUAUGGAAGUAAUCUAUGAAAAAACAAAUGCAAGUGAGCGACGAUUUGGAAUCCUGUCCAAUUGUAGUCAUACCUACUGCCUCAAUUGCAUUCGAAAGUGGAGGAGUGCUAAACAGUUUGAGAAUAAGAUUGUAAAAUCCUGUCCUGAGUGUCGAAUUACAUCAAAUUUUGUCAUUCCAAGUGAAUACUGGGUAGAAGACAAGGAAGAAAAACAAAAACUUAUAAAGAAGUACAAAGAGGCAAUGAGCAACAAGGCAUGUCGAUACUUUGAUCAGGGACGUGGCACUUGUCCCUUUGGGGGUAAUUGUUUCUACAAACACGCAUUCCCUGAUGGUCGUCUGGAAGAAUCACAACCACCAAGGAAGCCAGUUGCAUCAAUGGGAAGAUAUCGGCUGGUGGCGACCACUAGUUUCAAAGAUGCUGUCAAAAUCGCCAUGGUAAAUUGCUACAGUAUACCUUGUAAAUUACAGACGUGGAGAAAUAGAACCAACGGAGGACGCAUUUUUGGAAUUUCAUUGAAGAGAGAGAAAAUGCUGAUUCCUAUGAAAAUGAUGAAAUGGUCACCUUUGAACUUGGUGAAGUGCUACUUAUGCUUUUGGCAGAUGGCCACGACGAUGACUUUUCAGAUACUGAUGAUGAGUGGGACUUGUUCCAUGAUGAAAUGGAUGUUGAUUAUUAUGAAUUUGACCUAUAGCAGUCAUUGUGGAUUUUGGACUGUCUUGUUCAUUGUUUUUUAGACAAUAGCUUUUCCUGUGUUGUGGCAGUGCCAUGUAUCUUGGGCAGGCCAGACAUUCAGGGUGCAGUUUCACUUUGGAUAUUUGUGCAGAGUUCUUGUCGAUAGUGCAAAAUAUAAGUUAAACUCAUUUGCUUUACCCAAGGUGAUAACUUGGAGGAUAAAUAUGGCAAGUGGCUCCAUGUGGAUAAGAGUUGAAUUUUGGUACUUGAACUAAGUAUAGGUGUCUGUCCUUGGUUAUCAAAUCAAUAUGACCACUUGUGUGCACAAAAGCAUGAAACCAACAAGGACACCUUGACUCAUUUUACAGUUUGUUAUUCUAUACAAUGCCCUCUCCACAUAAUUACACUUAAUUUAAAGAGGGCAUCAUGCAGUCAGUGACCUUUUACAAGUCAAAGUACAAAAUAAUUAUGAUUAAUAUCUGUGGUUUUUUCCCGUCUUUCUAUUUUUUUAAUUUUAUAUAAUAUGCUAAUAGAGCUCAGGAGAACCUGGCUUAGAGGAGUGACUGAGUCCAGCUUAUGACGGAGCUGAAUUAGCUAUAUGCCUUUAAAAUGAUCAGACCACUUUGUUUUGUUCCUCAUACUGUUCGACUCAGUAACUCCCUUGUGCUGAUUCUCAUCAAUAAUAUUAUUAGUACUCCAUUUAUACAAAAAUAUUUUAAAAAUAAACUCAAAUAGAUCAGAAAGAAAAGACUGUUAAUCAGAAUUAUUUUCAGUUAUUCAGGUUUGAAAAGGGAUCCUACUGUUAAAAUUUCCUCUUUUAAGUAUCCUGUUUGAGAGAGGUUGUUUGUUAUAGUGAUGUGAAGUGAUGACAUUUCUAAAAGCAAAAUAACAUGGAUAUAGCACUAUCUGAUUCCACAAGAAAUGUGAGAUUAACUGUUCCAUAUAUUAUAGGUGUUUUUUUUAUUUAUUAACUAUUGGCUGUUCUGACUGACUUUCCCAGUUAGUUAGCUUAUUUAAAUCCUUCAUCUAAUCUAGAUAAAAUAAUGAUACAAAAUUAUGGGGAUUACCAAAGUCUUGUUAUUUAUCCCUUUUUCAUAUAAAUCUCAUUUUAUAUCUAAUGACAAGUUUAUCUGACUGAUUUCAGUUCAGAUUUAAUUUGUAUUCUUAACAUUAAGAAUAGGAUGUUCUUGUAAUACGUACUGGCUCAGUCUGAUAUUUGGGAAUAUUCAGGGUGAAUCUUUUGUAAAGUAGCAAAUUCAUAAGUUGCAGGUUAUGAGUAUGUAAAUUAAUGAUUUCGGCAGAUUAACUGCCACCACUUUCUCCUUUACAGAUGCUCGCCUGUUAGUUCAAUAUACUGUGAGUCAUAAUGAAUGAGGUUCAAUCGAGCAUACCUAUUUCUACAACCUUCUGUUAUAAUAAUUAAACUCCACACGCUCAGUCACUGGCUUCAUCGGUAUCUGCGCAUUAUGAACUCUGCAGACUGAAAACUGGGAUACCUGUUCCUAUUCUCCUUUAUGGGGCAUUAGGAAUCAGUUAUUAUUUUUAGUGGAAGCAUGGGAACCUGAGUAAUUGUGGUGUUUGUUGGAUAUGUGAUAAUGCAUAUUAACCCUGUUUUCCUGUUUGUGGAACUGCACAUAACUGCACGAAGUCUGAAUUUGUGAAGAGGUUUGCUGUUGGAGGUGUGAGGCUAAUCAUCUUGGCAAUGCAAGUGGGAGGAAAUAUAGAUUCUCAAAGCUGUUUGGGAGCAGUUGCAUACUUUGGGAAAUGUAGCUGGAACAAUUACCCUUUAAACUGUCAUAUUACAAGUACAAAGCAGCAUUUUUCUAAAUAAAUACCUUUUGCUCUAAACUAUGUUGUAAAUGUCCUGUGUGUAUCUUGGAUUGAAAAGCUAAAGUGGUCAUAUACUUCAUGAAGGUGAUAUAUAAUGCACAUUACAUCUGGAAUGAUGAAUGUACUAUCUUAAUGAAUUGGCAGGCAAAUUUAAUUAGUUACUCAAGUAAGCAGUACAAGUGUGCACCUUUUAUGUCUUACUGCCUGACACUCAAAAUUCAACACUUGUCACAAAAAAAUUGUUUGGUGUUUACUGUGCUAUUUACCGUAUACCGUACUGUGUGGCAGCAACGGGUGCUUA